AUGCCGCCGCAGAAGGACGACAUCGACGGGAAAGAAGUGUGUCUUACGGUAAACAACGUGGUUGAGGAUUUGCAGACGAACCGUGACGCCGGCAACCGGAGCGUGCGCGGAGGAGUUCACGGAGGACGUGGAGGCCGUGGUCCGGGCGGGGUGCCCCGUCGAAGAUCUCCACAACCACCGUCCGGCGAGGAGACAGUCUCGGAGGUGAAUUCUUUCGACGAUUUUCCAAUCCCGCACUUCGAGGCUAACCCCUUCGCUGCAUACGGUGGCCGCAGGCGCGAGGAGGCUACCUUCGCCGGCGGAUAUCGUGCCCGACAUGAUUGGGGACUUGAUCGCGAAUAUGGUCAAUGGGAGGACCCCUUUCGCGUUGACAUCCCCGAAUUCGACAGUGAGCAAGUUGACGGGCCAUUGUACGACGGUACGCUGAUCCUUGAUGAAGAGCCUUCAGUGACGGAGAAGAAUCUUUGCGGGUACAUGGGAGUCGAUGAGAAUAUUAAAUAUUGGGAUACAGAGACGGGGCAAGUGAUAUCAACUUUCUCGACUGGAAAGAUCCCUUAUGUAGUGAGGCUUAAUCCAGAUGAGUAUAAACAAAAUGUUUUGUUAGCAGGAACGAGUGGUAAAAAGAUUGUGCCGUGGAAUAUUAAGACAGUUUGGGAGUUUGGGAUUCUCUGUUUAGGACUUUCAAAUGUCAUGAGUGGGCGACAUUCAACCUUCGUGUUCGACCGGGGGAAACAACGAGGGUUUCCUACCAUGGGUUCGACACCACACGCCGGUCAUGGGAGCGCAUCGGCUUCGAGGGCGAAGCCUUCCGAACCGGUGGAGAAUGGUGUAGAUUAG